AUGGCUGGGGUCGUCACCCUCGUGCCGCAGCAGCUGUCGCGAGAGAAGCAGCAGAGAAAUUUCAGAAGAGGCUGUCUUGCUGCUUGCCCCGCGGAGGACAAACAAAUCCCGCAGCAAGAAGCUCCUGCUGCUGCUGCUGCUCCUGCUGCUGCUGCUGCUGCUGCAGAUACUCAGCAGCAGCAGCAGCAGCAGCAGCAACAGUAG